AACUUGCGUUCGGACAGAAAGAACAGCAAUAGGAUUAGAGAAUCAGUGAAGAGACUGAGUCCUCAACUCAUGCAGUUGAUCUUCUUGCACACUGAGAGACACGCACAGCCGCUCUUUUCUUAUCUUUUUUCAACCUGAAAGAAGAUUUUUUUUUCCCCCUGGGAGACGACGUUCGACUGAAAUGGAAAUCCUGUGGAAUAUUUUUAUUGUUUUUCACUGAUUUGAUCUGGACUUGGAAGACAACUUGGCUGUUGGUUUUUAUCCACAGUGCUGCCACAAUGGAGGGCAUAAGGCCCAAGCUGAAAGUGCUGAAAAAGCGCCGCUCCAGUCUUUUUGCAACUGUAAAACGUGACGUUAGUUUUUCACAAAGCAUUGAUGAACAGGAGGAUGAAUUUCCCUUUUCACAGGACAAGUCUGUGAAACCAUGGACUUCUAUGGACAACCUUGAUAGUCCUGAAAAAAAUCCUGAAAAAGAAUUACCAAAUCCAAGGAAAUCAAACAUUGUUAACCUCAAUGUAGGUGGGAAAGUGUUUCACAUUCCAAAACAUUUGGUUCUCCGAUAUCCAAAAACCAGGAUUGGAGUCCUUGCCCUCUGUAAUGAUCCGGUCAAGCGUCUGACUCUCUGUGACGAUUACAAUGUUCAGAACAACGAAUUCUUUUUUGACAGGGAUCCCAUGUUUUUUCAUUAUAUUUUUCACUUCUACUGCAGCAAUGUCUUGUGGGUAAUGGAUAGCCUUUGCCCUGUCAACUUUGAGGAAGAAAUGACUUUCUGGGGCCUGAAACUGAAGGACACGCCAAGGUGCUGUCGUAUUCUGUUUGAAGAGAAGGUUGAUGACAUAAGAGACCAGCUUAAGGUCAACCAGGAGCUGAUUGAUGAGAUUAAGCCACACCAGGAUGAUGGUGGCUACAAGACAAUGUUUCUGGGAGACUUUCGAAAGGCCCUCUGGGACUUGAUGGAGAAUCCUUACUCCUCACUAUCAGCCAAAGCUUUUGCUGUGUUUUCUAGCUUAUUUGUGCUUAUCUCUAUUGUUGCCAUGACAUUAAAUACAGUUAAAGAACUUAGAGCGUACAAACUUGGUGGGAAAACCUACAUGGAGUGGGUAGAGGUCGCCUCUAUCCUUUUCUUUACCAUGGAGUACUUUUUGCGUUUAGUCACCACAUCGAACAUUAAACAUUUUGUGAAGAGCGCGCUCAACUUCGUUGAUGUGGUGGCUGUCAUGCCGUACUUUGUACAGAUCAUGUUUGAGGUGUUUUUCAUCGAUACAGAAGACGUAAACGCACAGGAAGAUCUGAAGACAAUGGCAAGGGUCAGUAAAGUCAGCAAAGUGCUCAAGGUCAUCAAGCUAAUGCGUAUCUUCCGUAUCCUGAAGCUGGCCCGACACUCAACAGGCAUGAGGGCAUUUGGUUUUACCAUCCGUCAGUGCUCUGAGCAGGUGUGCUGUCUGUUUCUGUUUAUUGCGAUGGGCAUCUUUACCUUCUCUGCUUUGAUGCAUUCUGUGGAGGUGGAUCAGCCUGGGACUCCAUUCACCAGUAUACCAGACGCCUGGUGGUGGGCCGCGGUGAGCAUCUCUACAGUGGGAUAUGGCGACGUCGUCCCUAUUUCCUACCUUGGGCGCUGCGUUGCAUUUGGCUGCAUCUCUUUUGGAAUCAUUCUCAACGGAAUGCCUAUCUCUAUUCUGUUCAACAAGUUCUCUGACUACUAUGCCAAACUGAAGGAACAAGAAUACACUUUUUCAAACACAGAGCGUAGCUUCCAGCUGGUGAAACGCCUGAGACGAAAGUUUCAGCACUGCUGUGAACCGCAGCCAGAGGACUCAGAUGAUGACAUGCAUUAUCGGCCCAAUGUAAGGCAACCUAUCCGUGCAGCAGAGGAUUGAGAGAAGCUGCUUGGUAGCGACCUCAGUAACCCUAAAUGGCCUUAUAACCUAUGGGUCUCAAAUGUGUAAGACCCCAUCUGCCUCCAGCACUGAGCCUGCGUGACGAAAGAUAAACACUGCAAAGGAGGAAAUAGAGGGAGUGUCAAGUUGAGAUAAGCUUUAAGCCUCAGCUUUUCAAGAGGUGCUAUUAGCAUGCUAAGUGUGAUGACUCUUCUGACAAAUAGACAAGAUGCUGCCGUUGGACAGCUUGUCAUAUAUUUCUAAAAAUAGCACCUGACUGCAAUGAAUUCUGACUUAACUGAAACGAAGGAGGGCAAAUAUAAACGUUUUCCACCAAGACAGUUGCAGGGCCGGUUCAGAGCUGUUGAAGCCAAUGAUCCCUGAUUCCAGAGUCACACCAAAUGUCUGUUCAGCUUAAGCUGAUGGAGUUGAUUGAGUUACAGGUGCA